AUGCCUCAGACCACAGAUCUAAGACAUACCUACAAGAGCACUCCAAGGAGAGUAGCGCCAACUCCCUCCCACCCCGGUGAGCACCGCCAGGUCAGCACUGUGGGGCGAGUGCUCAGAGCCCCAGGCCAGAUGAAGGACCAGCAUCUGCUGGACGAUGGACUCAAGUGUGCAGAAUACAGUGCUAGGCCCUACAAGGAGUUCAGUAAAGGGAAUCGAAAUUUCUCCUGUUUCACCAUCCAGUUGUCUAGAUGCUGCAAAGCCCUGGAUGCUAACCAGCAGUUACAGCAGGCCAUGGAGGAGCGGGCACAGCUGGUAGCAUACCUGGGGCACGUGAUGGAGUGGCUGCAAUAUCUACAAAUGGAGAGACGAGUACGCUGAGUAUCUCCAUGGAGAGCAUGCCAUGUGUGGCAGAGGAUGCAGGAGAUGUUGGAGCAGGUUCACACAUUGAAGGAGGAGAAGAAGCAUGACAUGCGUCAGGUAGAGGAGCUGGAGACAAGCUCAGCUCCACUGCUCACCAUUGAAAAGAACCAGAUGGCUGAACCCCUACACCUGGAGCCCCCAGCAGGACCCGUGGAGGUGGAGCAGCAGCUGCAAGCGGAGAUCAAGCACCUGCGGAAGACGCUGGAGAGUCUGGCAGGACAGCUCCAAGCCCAAGUGGAAGCCAAUGAGGGCUCGAGUCACCUGAACCGGCAGCAGGAGCAGAGGCUGCGGGAGUGGAAAGCAGAGCUCUGGGAGGAGCAGGGGGAGACGGGCAGGUCCUCCGUGCAGAAAGACCGCACCACCGUCAGCCACGCGCUCUCCCAGAAUCACCAGCUCGAGGAGCAGCUGGCCAAGGUGAAGCAGAUGGUGGAGCUGGAGAGCCAACAAGCUCAGAGUCUGCAGUGGCAGCGAGGCCAGUACCUGGGUCACCUGAAGCAGUACGUGGCCACUUAUCAGCAGCAGGUGGCAGCCUAUCAGCAGCUGACCUCUGAGAAGGAGGCGCUGCACAGGCAGUUACUGCUGCAGACCCGGCUCAUGGACCAGCUGCAGCAGCAGGAAGCUCAGGGCAAAGCAGUGGCCGAGAUGGCCCGCCAAGAGCUCAAGGAAACUCAGGAGCGCCUGGAAGCUACCAGCCAGCAGAACCAGCAGCUACAGUCCCAGAUGAGCCUCAUGGCUCUCCCUGGGGAAGGUACGGGACACCACUCAGAGGAAGAGGAGAGAGAGGAGGAGGAGGCGCCUCAGCCUAUGCCAAGCAUCUUGGAGGAUCUGAAGAGCCGGGAGGCCAUGGUGGCCUUUUUAAACUCGGCUUUAGUCAGUGCCAAGGAGGAGCAGCAGGCACAGCUACGUGGGCAGCUGAAAGAGCAAAGGGUGUGCUGCCAGCACCUGGCUCACCCGGUGGCCUUGGCCCAGAAGGAGCCAGAGGCGGCAGCCCCAACCGCAAGGACCGGGGGCGAUUCCGCGUGUGGGGAGACCAACCCGGCUUUCUCCAUGGUAUGGACAGUGGAUUUGCAGGUGGAGAAGACAAAAUUUAUAAUGUUUACGAUCAAGCCUGGAGAGGUGGUAAAUAAAGAUAUGGCCCAGAGUAUUUAUAGGUCCGGUAAAAAUCUGGACAAGGAUAUGUAUGGUCAUGACCUAGAAGCCAGAAGAAAGACCAACAGAUUUGUUCCCAACAAGGAGUUUUUCAGACCAUAG